CUCGAAUGGAUCUUUCAGAUGGCAGACGGCACACCUUGAUGUAGCACUUGCCUGGCAUGAACAAUUGAGCCCGAAGAUGGCACCGAUCAGUCAGCGCAAGCACUUAGGUCGUGACAAGUUCAGCACGCAGUUCAGCUUACUCAAGACCCAGCAAUAUGUCGAUCCUGCCGCUCGUACCGUGACGCCGACAAUCCACCGCACAAUAUCCUGGAACGCUUCUGGCGGUUUAAUCGCAACCGGCGCCAACGACAAAACCGUUCGAGUGUGGAACCCCGAAAGGACAAGUCCACGAAGUCAGAUCGAAUUGAGAGGUCACGGGCACGCUGUGGAAAAGGUGCUCUUCAACCCGGUGCGAGAGUUCGAGUUGGCGAGCUGUUCCUCCGACGGAACGGUGCGAUUUUGGGAUACACGGAGCAAAACAUGCGUGACAAAACUCGACGUCGGCGGUGAGCCGUUCACACUAACUUGGAGUGCCGACGGAAGCACACUACUUGCCGGGACGAAGGGCGACGUCCUGAUUCCCAUCUCAACCGCGAUACCCUCGUCACCCGUUAUACUCUCGCGGCACAAACAAUCCCAACAAACGAACCAAACCACAUUCUCGAAUGCCUACCCCCCGACCGACCUCCUCAUCACCCGUGGCGACGGGUCCGUUCAGAUCCUCGACUUCCCUUCCUUCCAACCUCUCCACACCAUCUCUGCACAUACCUCAUCCUGCAUGGCCAUCUCAUACUGUCCGAACGGGAAAUAUGUGGCUGUUGGAGGCUCCGAUGCUAUGAUUUCCCUAUGGGACACGACCGACUGGGUUUGUCGGCGGACCGUGUCGAACCCAAGUUCCGGCGCCAUCAGGGGCCUCAGCUGGUCCUGGGACGGGCGGUACUUGGUCGGCGCAAGUGAAGAGAUGGGCUCAGGAGGCGGCGAAGGCUUAAGCUCCGGGUUUGACAUAUACCACGCUGAAACGGGGGAUGUGGUGCAUACUAUAGCGACAGGCACGAGUGGGAUCCCUGCGAUCGAGUGGCAUCCGAAUCGCUACUGGUUGGCGUAUACGCAGGUCGAGGAGACGAGGCAGGGGAAAUCGAGCUUGAAGAUCGUCGGCGCGGCUGGAGGACCCUCUAUAUGAUAUAAAUAUAAUAUGGUCAAGGGCGAGGCAAAGACCCGUUAGCGCCACUCUAACCACAGUCUUACACGAUAAUUGCACGUUGAUCCGAUGUCACUAUGAUUUGAAUCCGGCGACUCUUACUACGUUGCAGGUCGACAAGCCAUAUCUUCAUUAGUUAGACUAUGACUAUAAACAUUCGAGUGAA